AUGGACCAUGUGAACUGGGGCGAAGAGUACUUCAUCCACAGAUUUGGGGAAGAGGCCAAUGCUGCAAUUCAAGACAUACAUGCACGAGGAAAGACGCCGAUCAUUAUUGGUGGUACAUUUUACUACCUACAAAAGCUCUUGUUCAAGAACAAAACUGCUGGGGACAAGGAAGAAAGUGCUAAACUACGAGAUCUCACCAAGGACGAGCAAGCACUACUUGAUGGGCCAGUUGAAGAGACCUUCAAAAAGCUUCAAGAGGUUGACCCAGUGAUAGCUGGGAAAUUUCAUCCUGUGGACCAGAGAAAGAUCAGACGAGCCUUGGAGAUCUACUUGACAACUGGGGAGAAAGCCAGCGACGUUUAUCGAGAGCAGAAACUCGAUGAAUUUGAAGACUCGUGUCUCAACUAUAACACUCUUCUUCUAUGGCUUCAUUGCGACAAGGAAGUCUUGCUGCAUCGACUCGAUGUUCGUGUAGACAAGAUGAUGGAGGAUGGUGCGUUACAGGAGAUCCAGGAACUAUAUGACUUCUAUAAGCAACAAGACCCGGAGCCUGACUGCAGUCGGAGCAUUCUACAGGUGAUUGGUUUCAAGGAGUUCUUGCCUUGGCUUCAAAGUGGUGAAACUGAUCCCAAGCUCUUUGCCGAGGGAGUUGAAAGAAUGAAGAUCCGGACGCGGCAAUAUGCAAAGUAUCAAGUCAAGUGGAUCACCAAGAUGUUGGGCGUUGAGCUUCACAAGGAGGCUCGCUUUGAUUACAUGUAUGGAGGGAAAAUGUACCUUCUAGAUGCUACAGACUUGAGUAAUUGGGGAAGCUUGGUGGGCGACAGAGGGGUGAGAAUAGCGCAACAGUUUUUGAAAUCUGGUCCAUCCAAAGUAACAGAGCCUGAGGCACCAGAGCAUUUGAAGCAGCUUUUACCUACAUCCGAGUUUUUCGACUCCUUCAAGAGUAACAAACUUAAGGAAAGCAGUGCCAAUUGGAAACACUUUGAGUGUUCGGUAUGCAAGGAUCUGGAGGGGCGUCCGCUUGUGGCUGUGGGAGAGACAAACUGGAAGAUCCAUGAGUCCAGCAGACGUCACCGGAAACAGCUUGCCUACAACGAAAGAAAGCGUACUCACGAUGAGGUUGUUGCCAAAUACAAGAAAAUCAAGGAAGAGAGGGAGGCAAUGAAGGCUGAGGGUAAUGUGAACUAA